CUUGCAGAGAUUCGCCAUGAUUUCCUGGCAUGGUGACCUUUAGCUACGCGGCUUCAUGAUUAUUCCUCUUCUCUCUUUCACCUAUAUAUAGGCCUAUUCUUCUCGUUGUUCAUCAAAUCAAACAAAUAAAAUAAAAUCUCCAGAUUUAAAUUACGAAUUUUCUUUCAAUAUUUUCUUUGGUGUAAAAGUGAAGAUGAAGCUCAAUAAAGUGACCAGGAUACUCAUAGUUGUUUUGAUCAUUACCCUACUGGUAACAUCAAUAUCAGCCGCAGGUGGAGGUGGUGGUGGAAGAGGAGGCGGGGGCGGUGGUGGAAGAGGAGGUGGAGGUGGUGGAGGUAAAGGUGGUGGUCCUGCAAGAGGCGGGGGGACCCCAGCAAAAGGAAGUAGCCCUGGGACACGCAACGUUGGAGGCGGCGGUACCAGUACCGUUCCUCGUGGAGCUGCAGGUGGUGGUGGGCCAGUACUGAGGGGUUCUGAUCAUGCUGGAGGGAGUUCAGGUUCUGAGCCUGUUGCAAGGGAUCCUGCUUCCAUGUUGCUGCAUGUUCUUACACCCCAAGCCUUCAUUAUUUGCAAGCAGUGGUGAAGGGAGGGCUACAUCCACACCCUCCAAUGCCCAUAACGCGUCGGCUGUGCGGCGAUGGUUGUAAAAUUGUAGAAUUCGGUUUACCUGAAGAGACUGCGGUACUAAUCAAUUUGUAUUCCAUCCCGAGGGAUCCAUAGGCUUGGGAUAAUCCCGAUGAGUUUUGCCCAGAGAGAUUCCUGGUUUGCCCUGUGGAACAAGGGAAACUAAGAAGGGGCAAAAUUUUGGUUUGGUUCUGUUUGGCGGAGGAAGAAGAAGGUGUCCUGGUGCAAAAUUGGCCUUCAUUUUGAUGAAUACUACAGUUGCAGCUAUGGUUCAAUGCUUGUUUGGAAGAUUGGUACAGAUGAAGAUGGAGCCAAGUUUAACAUGCAAUGAUGCAAGAAAGAUCAGGCAUGACUAUGCACACGGCCAAUCCACUUGUGUGUCUUCCUGUGGUUCACUUCAACCCAUUUUCUGCUUAAUUUUUGUUCCUUUACCGCUUAAAUAAUCAAGUACAUGAAUGUCAUGAUUUUCUGAUGUAGGCAUUUGCUUUCUUUGUUAUUUAGCUUUCUAAUCAUAAAUCAA